AUGAAUUCACAAGAUGAUGGGAGUAACCUUAUCCGGAAAAUAAUGUUCCUUUCUCUUACUGGAAUUGGCAUUGCAGGGAAUUUCUUUUUGUUUGUGAAACAUCUGUACACUUUACAUGUGGAGACUGAGAAGAAAUCCACGGACUUUAUUGUAAUCCAACUGGCACUCGCUAAUGCGAUGACACUCUGGGCUUCUGGAAUCUCCUAUAUAAGAUCACCUUUUCAUUUUCAUUACUCCUUAGGUAAUGUUGGUUGUAAAGUCGUGAUUUUUCUGGGAAGGGUGGCCCGGGGCCUUUCCCUUUGCACGACCUGUCUUCUCAGUGUGGUCCAAGCCAUCACCAUCAGUCCUGUGAACACGCCGUGGACAAAGCUCAAACCACAGAGAAAAUGGCCAGUCCUUUCCUGUCUCCUCUUCUUUUGGCUCUUAAAUUUCCUGAUCAGCUCCAACUUGCUCCACUACAUCAGAGCACUAAAUAGCAUCAACAGGUCUGUUACUAAAAUCCAUGUUGGGUAUUGUUACAUGAUGCCCUCUAGGCAAGCAGUCAGGUGGCUUUUUCUGUCUCUCAUGACUCUUCGGGACAUUGUCUUCCAGAGUCUCAUGGGCUGGAGCAGCGGGUACAUGGCAGUACGUCUGCAUGAGCAUCACAAGCGUGUCCUCUACCUGCACAACUCCAGCCCUGCAAACAAUUCCAGCCCAGAAGUCAGAGCGACUCUAAGUAUUCUCAUUCUCAUGACCUAUUUCCUUCUUUUUUAUUGGGCAGAUUUUACUUUUUCCUUCUACACAGGCUCAACUGUGACACAUGAGUUCACAAUACUAAAUAUUAAAAUAUUUCUAGGAGUUGGUUAUGCAAUUUUCAGCCCCUUUGUUCUGAUCAGCCGGGAUACCCACAUGGUUAAACGCUGGCACAGACACAGAGAUCUUGGGGAAAGUCCCUCCAACGUGAACACUCUAUGA